GGGCUCAGCAUGCUCAAUGGCAGCGCAGCAGGCGGAAACUCCUCUGCCGGAGGUCAGAACUCAAGCAGCGCCAGCGGCGGCUCAAAUGAUUUCGUCUGCUCCGUCGCGAACAUUAAGGCCCUGCACGCGGCAGUGCAGCCCAAGUGGGACGCCUGCAAGUCUAAUCCCAACUACGAGGAGCCAAACAAGGGCGCGAAGAGAAGGUUGUUGGAGUGGGUCUGGGAACCAAAGGCAGGCGAGAGAAUGACAGCCAAACCGAGGUACUCUCCAGAUCACUACAGACUUGCAAUCAAGGCCGAUAGGAGCAGGCGACAUGCCGCAAAGCAAUCCGAUACCUCAUCAGAACUUGGCAGCUACAUUAGUUUGUUCUCAAGCUUGGCUGGCAACUCAAGCAACUCCUCUGCUUCGCAGGGCUCUGCUAACGCAGGCUCUGCAAGUAUGUCAUCUUGCGAGAAGAAUGCACUCUCGGGAGCUUGCGAGAAGUUGGCCGCGUGCAAAGAUCCUGUGUGCUUCAGCUAUUACAACGAACCUGAGAUCGAGCAGCUCUGUGGAAUGUGCAGCAUGGGAAGUCAAGCUUGGUUUGGUUGCUUCGCUGAAGACUCCAAGGUUUCUGUAGAGGGCAAGGGAAGUGUCGCGAUCAAUGAGAUUCAGAUCGGAGACAUGGUUCUCUCUGCUGAUGCCUCUGGAGCUCCCCAGCACUCUCGAGUCAUCUUCAAGCAUGACCACAAGGAUGUCUCGUCUGUCAUCAGCAUCUCCUAUGAAGACAGGACUCUUCGCCUCACGCCUACUCACUUGAUCCCCAAGUAUUCGGACAAGUGUGGAGACAGUUUCUGCCAUCUUGCCAAGAAUGUUCCUGCCAGCUCAAUCCAAGCUGGAGACAGGAUCUACGUGCACUCUGGUGAAGGAUUCCAGGCUAAGAUUGUCUCUGCUGUCUCCAAGUCAGCUGCCAAAGUGAGGUACCUGCUCACGGAGAACGACAGGAUCGUAGUGGAUGGAAUUUUGGCCAGCGUUUUUUCCACGGCUGCGGAGAAGUUUGAGACGCUGCCGUUCCAUCUGCUCGACCGAUUCCUCCCAGGAGUGCUUCAGAGCAAAGCUGUCGCAGCAACCUUGGAAACUAUUCUUGAGUCGCCAAUCCUUCAAGGCUUCGAAACUAUUGUGAACUCUCUCUCUACUUUGGCUGUUCCUCGCAACGCCAACAGCAACGCUCUAUUGGCCGCUACUCCUUUUAAGUCCUUGUAGAUGUUCUUCUGCCUAUUAUUGCCAUGACGACAUGUAUGGCAAACGCGGACAAGUUUCAAUCGUGUGGCAAUAAACUUGGAUAGAUGACGG